AAUGUUUGAUUGGACUCCAGCAGGGUUUUCUGUGAGCCCUCACAGAGGUCACUAUGUCAGCGCGCAUACUGCUCUGCAGUGCGCAUGUGCAUGCCCACUUGAAGGACCCUGUGAGCGCUCAGACAGACCUGACUCACUCCAGGACCUAUUUCCACCGAUCAGACCUUAGAGGAGGCAGCAACAGGAAGUCACCAUCACCCUACCCCAAUGGAGCCUCCAUCCACUCCAGGACAAAUGGAGAUGGACCAGACAGUGGAGAAUGUGGAGUCUGCUCUGUACCAGCUUUACUUCGAUCCAGACAUGAAACGAAAGGAUGAAGCCCAGAAAUGGCUGACCCAGGCUCAGGCCUCUGCACAGGGGUGGCAGUGGUGCUGGGCCCUCCUCAGCUCUGACAAGAUCCCAGAGGUUCAAUUUUUUGGUGCCAGCACCCUUCACAUCAAAAUCUGCCGCCACUGGAGCGACCUCCCCGCAGAGCAGCACGAAACCCUCAGGACGCAGCUCCUCUCACAGAUCUUGCACUUCUCCGCUGGGCCCAGAAUGGUUCUGACCCGGCUCUGUGUGGCUCUGGCUUCUAUGGCUCUGAACCUGAUACCUCAUGUGUGGUCUCAGCCAGUAGUGGAUAUGGUGCGAGCGUUCCAACCACAAAAACUGGACUCUGAGGGUGGUGGUAGUGCAGAGGGCUCUCAGGACCCUCAGACUCAUUGUCUUGCUCUGCUGGAGCUCCUCACCGUCAUUCCAGAAGAGUUCCAGAGCAGCCGCCUGGCUCCGGCCCGCCGCUCUCAGCUGAGGGAGGCGUUGGCGAGCGAGUGGGCUGCCCUGUGUCCCAUGCUGCGACAGCUGCUGCAAAGUCAGGACUCAUCCAGCCUGGUGAAGGAGAAAGUCCUGCACUGCCUGUCCAGCUGGAGCGGGCUGGAUGUGCCUUUAGGAGAGAGCCAGGAGCUGGUCCAGGACUGUUUCUCUGCACUGUCAAACCCACAGCUGUUCGACUCGGCUGUGGAGACGAUAGUCACCGUCAUCUCUCAGCCUGACUGUCACAGGUACGUCGAUGCUCUGGUGAGCCUCAUGCCUCUGGUGCUCGGGCUUCACGACCAGCUGAAGACAGCAGCUCAGGAUGGAGACAUGGAGACGUCCCACGGGAUCUGUCGCAUCGCCGUUGCUUUGGGGGAAACGCACUCCAGGGUUUUGUUGGAACAGUUGGACCACUGGCAAGAAUAUUUGGCGUUGGUCAACAUGAUUCUGUUCUGUACGGGCAUCCCUGGACACUACCCUGUCAGUGAAACCACCAGCUCCCUCACACUUACCUUCUGGUACUCUCUACAGGACGAUAUUUUGUCCUUUGAGGAGGAAAAACAGGCAGUUUACCUGCAGGUUUACAGGCCAGUCUAUUUCCAGCUGGUAGAUGUGCUGCUUCAAAAAUCCCACUAUCCUUCUGAGGAAGAGUACGCUUCCUGGUCUUCUGAUGACAAAGAGCAGUUUCGCAUUUACAGGGUGGAUAUAUCUGACACUCUGAUGUAUGUUUAUGAAAUAUUGGGGUCAGAGCUGCUCAGUAACCUCUACGACGGGCUCGGCAGACAACUGAUGGAUCCUCAACAGUCGGGAGUUUGGCAGGACACAGAAGCUCUGCUGUUUGGCUUCCAGUCCAUCGCUGAGACCAUAGAUGUGAACUACUCUGACGUCAUCCCUGGUCUCAUUGGGCUCAUCCCCAGAAUCAAUAUCAGCAACCUCAUGCUGGCAGACACAGUCAUGUACACCAUAGGAUCCUUGGCAGAGUGGCUGGCCGAUCACCCAGUGAUGCUGAGCAGCGUGUUGCCGAUGGUGCUGCAGGGCCUGGAGAAGGAGGAGCUGUCAGUGUCCAGCGUUUCCACGCUGAAGAGGAUCUGCAGAGAGUGCAGGCACGACCUCGGGCCCUGCGCCCAAGACAUCCUCACCGUCUCACAGGCCGUGCUGCUGAAAAACCUUCACAAGAGCAGCCAGUGCAUGUGGCUGAUGCAGGCCUUGGGUUUCCUGCUGUCCGCUCUUCCACUAGAGGAGAUUCUAAGCAGGCUUCUCUCCCUCAUCACACCUCACAUCCAACAGCUGGAUGCACUGGCACACCAGGAGCUGAAUGCCUCCAGCAAACAGAGCAUCAUGCACAUCCUGGGGAUGCUGUCCAGUUUGUUUUCCACUCUGGACAUUAGCACACAGUCAGAGGUUUCAGAGGGAGCAGCCAGCCCCAGACUCUCCCCCAACCCAGUUGUGGUUGUCCUGCAGCAAGUGUUCCCUCUGAUCCAGACCAUCCUCGGUAAAUGGCUUUGUGACUCAGACGUGGUAGAGGCGGUUUGUGGAGUUUUUGAUAAGUCCGUCCGCACGCUGCUGUUUGACUUUGGGCCGAUGGUGCCUCAGCUGUGUGACAUGUUGGGUCAGAUGUACGGGGCUUUUCCUCAGGCCUCCGCCUUGGACCUGACACGUCAGAUGGUUCACAUUUUUGCUGGUGAUGAGCAUCACCUCUCCAACAUCAAGGGCCUCACCAACACCCUGACCUCUGCCACACUGGCUUUGUUUCAACAAGGUCUGAGGGAUCAUCCGGAUAUUGUAGAAUCGUUUAUGCACCUUCACGCUCAGAUACUUAAAAGAAAACCUAGCUUGUACCUUUCGGACCAGCUCGAUGUUGAGGCUUUGUUUCACUGUGGGAUUCAGGCCAUCAAGUUCCCUGAGACGGCCACAGUCAAAGCUGCCUGCUUGUUUUUUACAGAGUUUAUGAAUCGCUGCAAAGACGUACCCUCUCUUGGUGAGGACCUGCAGAAGGACGGAAAGCUUCUGACAGAGACCGUCAUCCAUGCUAUUGCAGCCGGCUCUCCUCGUGGUGCGACCGAACCCUUCUCCGACGUGCUGCUGAACCUGAACAGACACUGUCCGGCUCUGCUGCCCCUGUGGCUUAAUGAGUCCCUGCAGGCGGAGGGAUUUCCAUCCACUCAUGUGUCUGCCGAGCAGAAACAAAACUUCAUCCAGCAGCUCCUGAGGGAGCAAACCAACAAGCGGCGCUUGAAGGAGACUGUGAUGGAGUUCUCUCUGCUCUGCAGAGGCCUGCAGGGCUCUGGAUACUCCAAAUACUGAACCACAUUUUAGUUAAAACAAGCUUUUCUUCCUUCAAAUUGAUGGUUCAAAUAAACUUAUCCCCAAUUCUUAAUUUACUUUCAUGGAAAACGUGUAUUUAGACUUGUUGAGUUUGUAAUAAAACAUAACAGCUGAUGAGAUUUCAGAAAGAAUUUAUGUCCAACACCAAUAAGUCUGUUUUGUUGCAGAUGAUUCAGCAACUUGUUUAUUUUUCUCUUCCUUUCAUUCCGCUCCAGUUCAUAUUCACACAUUAUCAAAAUAUAGAAACAGCCCCUUCCUGAACCUGGCUUCAUCUUCUCUCUGUUAUAAAGGAGCGCCUCUUUAAAAAUGUUCCUUCAAUACAUUAUUACAUACUUUAGACCUCUUGUGAACUUCAGCUAAUACAGAAUAAAACAACAAUAUCACUUAUGCACAACAGAAAAAAGGAGAACUCGAGCAGCUUUGAAGGAGACUUUUUGUUUCUUUGACGUUUUUCUUCCCGUCAGCAGAAACUGAGGGAAGUUUGAGUUUGUCUUCGGUUAAAAAAAAAAAAAAAAA